AUGACUGUGUAUAAUUGGUCGUCAGAUGCCUUUGAGGACUGUUAUGAUUUGAUCAAGCUACAAGACGUUGGUUAUUACGAAGCCAUACAGGCGAUCAAAACAGACUUGUUGAAUGUAUUGGUAACGCCUGCUAAGAAUGAAAAAUCAAGAAACAUCUUAAUUGAUGAAACUAAACCAAUCCAAUUCGGUAGUGGGGAUGAAUUCAAAUUGAAUAGGCCUUUCAUAGAGAUUUGUACCGUGUUGGCUACUGAACUUGAUCUUGAUGAAGUUUGUGUUGCUGAAUUAGUAUAUUUCGCUAAUAGUCUUAGUUUUCAACGAGGUACUAAUUUGAUUGAUAGUGCUAAGUUAGCUUACUUCUCAAGACUUAAAUAUAUACUAAACAUACUAGGAUAUUUGAUUACCAACCAGGAAUUACAUUUAAUAUUUGAUCAAGAACAAGAACAAGUAACUUCUCAGCAAUAUGAAACUUUAUUCAACAACAUCAUUCAAAGUUUUCAAAGGAUUUAUACCCUUUUAAACACUAUUAAUGAUCUCAUAGAUAAACAAAAGGUUACUAAUGAUAUCAAUAACCUUUCCUUUAUAAAUUCGAUCAAUUUCGUUAAAAGUCAAUUGUUAUUAGAUCAUGAAGUUUUAGGUCAACUUUUAUAUUCUUUAUUUGAUAAUUACUUUGAUAAAUUUACUUCACCACUAGCCAUUUUUAAAUCAUUAAUUCAAUUUAUAAAAGAAAAAAUCAAUGAUAAUGAUAUUUUAAUCAUCCAUUUCAUUCCUGGAACUUUGAAAUUAAUCUCAAACUUAUUUAUACCAUCUUACAAUAUCAAAGAUUCCACCAUUGAAGAGUUUUAUAAAUUUAUCAUAUCAACAUUAGAAAUUGACUAUAACUCAAUUGCUGAUGCAAAUAAUGAAAUCGACUUAUCCAAAUCUAAAUUAAAAGGUAUAGAUAUGAUUACUGAUCUAGUAUUCCUCACUCUUUUCAUUCCUUGGUGUAAGGAACUUGAAUCAAGAACUGCCAAAUAUGACUUUAAAGAUGACAUUUUAAAAUUUAUGGAAUUAUUAAUUAAUUAUGGUGCUUUUGAAACGUUGUUAUCUUAUACUGCUGAUACAUCAAAUGUGAAAUCAGAAAAUUUAUUCGAAAGAAGUAAUACUUAUGAUUUCAGAGCAUUAUUACAGAAAGUAUUCCCAAGAUUAGCUCCUUCAAAGUUUACCUAUAACUCAUCUCAAGAAUUACUUUAUACAUCGCUUACAAAAUCCGGUUACGAAAAUAUCUCAGUAUUAUUAGAAACCAACCAAUAUAAAGUUUCUCCAGAAUUUAACGAAACUUUAGUGGCACCAUUCUUCCAUUUGUUUUUCAGUAACUUCAUAACAAAUGCAGCAAUCAUAUUAACUUCAUUAAGAGAUACGGAAGAAGAUUUUCUCUUAUCCUCGAUAAAUGGUAAACAAGAUGCAAAUGAUGAACCACCUUCGACAACAUCAGCAUCAUCAUCUAACCUGACUAAAAAUGAUCAAAAGAAUGAUGGUCUUGACUUAGAUGAAAUUGCCGCUCGUGGUGAUUUAGAAAGAUUUUAUUUGGCUUUCGCUUAUACUUAUAACUAUAGACCUGAAUUAUGUAACAUGUUUUGGUCUGAUGAUGUAAGUUCGAAUGAUGUUAAUGGUUUCAUUGCCUGGGGGUUAAGUAAUAAUACAUCAUCAUUAAUAACUGCUACAUUUUGUUUAUUAUUAGGUUCUUUAACUUCAGGUGGUAAUAACUUAUCCUCACAAAUAUGGGAAACUCUUAUCCAGAAUAAUAGUUCUGGUUUAAAGAAGAGUGAUUAUUCAAAAAUUUCUAUUGAUUCCAUCUGUGAUUCAUUAAACUAUUAUAUUGAUUCAUUACAAGAGAAUUUUGAAUUGGAUUUGAAUGAACAACUCAGACAACAACAGAAGAAACAUGAAUUCAGAUUCUCAAGUGUAUCUAAUAAAAAAGACUUGGAUGAUAAUUCCGAAAAUAGAAUUGUUAUUGAAUUAGCUGAAGACUCAGUGGUUUUCAUCUCAGGAUUUUUCCAAUUAAUAUCCUCAAUAGUGAAACAUUUAUCAUCAUCGUCAAACGAAAGGUCUAAGGAAAUUAAAAACAUUGCCUUUAAUAGAUUUUUACCAAUAAUCACUGGAUUUUUAAAAUUCGAUAAUUUAAUUACUGGUGGUCUGCUUUUAACUGUGUUAGAGAGUUCUAAUAAAUCAGUUGAUUUGCCAAAAGUUUUAGUUUCUGAAGAGAAUAGAAUUGUAUUAACCAACCUUUUACUUAACUUUUUAACUAGUUUUGUUCAUGAUCAAGAUAGUGACUUGGACAUAAGGUAUAGAAUAUGGAGACUCAUAGAUAGUUGGAUUUAUCAUGGCUUACACAUUGAAUCAUCAUCCAAUACCAACAAUAAUUCAUCAUCGACAGGUUUAAACUCACAAAGUUCACUUUUAUUAGUUCGUCAAAAUCAAACUAAACCAAAAUAUUCCGCCAAGGGUAACUUAAGAAUCUUACAAGGAUUUGAUAUCAACUUAGUACAUCUUUCGCAAGUCAACAACUUUGUAGAAUUAAUCAAUCGAUUAUUAAAACCAUUAAGUAAUGAAAAUCAAGCUUUCAGUCCAUAUUAUUUAUUAUACCCCGCAGACUUAGGUUCUGGUUAUAGAAUUAACAAUCAAAUUGGGAUUUGGCCAUACAUUGAAUACUUAUUAGUUGGAGUAUUUUCAAAGGUAGGAGAGAUUUCUAAUUUUGAUGAUAGACUCUAUUUACAAUUAAGUAUUGUGGAAACCAUUCAAACAUCUUUAAAACUGGUCGACUGGAAAUUCAUUUCAGAUACAGUUCACCAAGUGAUUCGUAACUUUCCAGUCGGUGAUAGCAUCUUUAAUUCCUUCUUGCCUAAUGUGAAUUUGAAUUAUGAAUUGUUUGUUAAGUUACAUCAUUCGGUUGCUAUUUUAAACUAUUUAUUCAAUGAAAAGACUUGGGCGGCAUUAUUUGGAAUUGCUAAUAGCGGAGUGGAAAAUAUCAGUUCAAAUUACAAUUUAAGUAUUUUAGUGGAAUCAUCGUUGAAGGUUUUGGAUGAUAUCUUAAGUGUGGAAGAUAUAUUCGUGAAGAAUCUUUUACCAAUCUUGAAGAGCAAAGACAUCUCACCUCCAACAUCAGGUACUGUUGGAUUUAGUACGAGUCUUACAUUAGCAUUAGCUUCUCCAAAGACAGUUUUUGAUAACAUAUAUUAUCCUACGAAUAUUGGAACCAAUGCCGUGGGUGAUUUCAGCGAAGUAUUUUUAUUCAAUUUAGCCACUGUUGCCCAUUUAGGUCUUUAUGUGGGAAUUAAAGAAUCAAAUAUCGCCACUAUAUCAAUUUCUAUCUUGGAUAAAAUAAGAACAUCCAAAUAUUUCCUUUCAAAAUCAGGUUAUAGCUCCAAUGAUUCAUUAUUGAAUAAAAAUAGAUUAUUAACUACAUUUGAAAGUAUUGAUGAAUCAGAAAAGAUCAAAUAUGCAUUUAUAUCUGUGUUUGAAAAUGUUGAUCAAAAUUUAAGUUUAAAAUAUCGAAUUCUUGAAUUUUUAUCAGCUAAUUUAAACCAAUCAAGUGGUAAAGAACCUAAUGUGGCUCAUUUCUUAUUAGGAUAUGUGAUAAGAGGAGGAUCAUUAAUACUUGAUGAAACUACACAAACCAAUUCACUUUUAAAAUCAUUGUUGGAAACCUUAAGUUUGACUCUUGAUGUUAUAUCGCAAACUGAUUAUACCAAUGGUAAUUAUCAAAAUAUUGAUGUGGGACCAGUUAAAUUAUCAUCAUUAAUUUUAGAAAUUGUGAUUAAAUUAAGUCAUGAUCCAAUUAGUUCGAUUAUUACGAUUGGAAAUUUACGUGAACAAGAUAAUUUAUUUGAAAAAUUGAUUCAAUAUCAACCUAAGCUUGAUUUAAAUACCUUAUGGAGUGGGGUUGUCUUUAAUGGAGAUUUAAGAGAUGGAGUUGAGAAUUAUUUUGUGGAGAAUGAUGAUAGUAAUCAAGCAUUCUUUUCAUUUAUAAGCCAAAGAAACCUAAUCUUACAAUAUUUAUCGUUAGAAUUCCAUCAUAUCCUGUCUCGAUCCAAGAGAGAAUAUUACAUGGAAUUAUUAUUGGAUAAUAAAGAAUAUUUGAGUGGUACACCAAAGGUAUUAGGAUUAUUAGAUGUAUUAAAUUAUGAAUUUAAAAACUUUGAAUUAUAUAAAUUCGAAACAUUUAAUAAGAAAUAUAAUUUAUCCCUAAUUUUACAAACGGUUCAAGCUGAAGAUUUAGACUUGUCGAUUUUAAAUAAGAUUUAUAAAUUUAUUUGUCAAUCAUCUUCAAACCUUAGUACUAGAGAAGAUAAAAUCCAAUUUGCUCAACAAGUUAUGAUUGAAGGAAACAAAAUCAAUGAUUUUAUCAGGAAAUAUAUUGUUUCAGUCAAAUUAAAGGAUAUUCAAUUAAAAUCAUUACAUUCAUGGUGUCAAUUAGUGGAAAUAUUAAUCACUGAUCAUAAUUUAUAUUCUAAAAAGUUCAUCUUGGAGAUUUUACAAGUAAUCUUACCUAAGAUUAAUGAUUAUUUAGAAUCUGAUAUUGCCUUUUCAGAAGAAUUGAUUUCAUUAACCGUUUUAUUAUUUGAUUUAUAUGAUCAAAAGAUUGUGAUUGAAACUAAUAGUAAAGAAGAUUUCGCUUUAGGGAUCAGACGAUUAAUUCCAUUAUUAAAGACUUGUAUUGCUGGUAUUUUGAAUUCGAAUUCAACUCCAUCUUUAAGAUCUGAUUUAUAUGUGUUAACUAAUAAAUUUUUAAUUAAAGUGAUUAAUAAUGAAGAUUUGGCUCAAGAAACAUCAGCUAUUAUUAAAUCGAUCGAUAAAAAAUUGAUUGAAAUCAUUUCAAGUGAUGCUAUUUAUUCCGAAGGAGCAUCUAGAAUUACAUCAAUCUUAUUAUUGGAAUCGUUAAUUCAUUUAGGUAAACAAGAUAAUUUUGUGCUUGAUUUAUUAGUGAAGAAUAAUUCAUUAUUAUUAUUGAUGAGAUCGAUUAAGAGAACUGAUGAAGUAUUAGAGAUUUGUGAUGGUAGUACGGGAGAUCAUAAGAAGUCGGGUAUUAGUUUAGAGACUUUUAUUUAUGAAUUAACUGCUUUUAAAUCGACAUUAUACUUUUUGAUUCGAGUGGCUCAAUCAAAAGCAGGUUCAUUACAAUUAAUCCAAGGCGAAAUCUUUUCAUUAUUGAAACAAUCUAAUUUAUUAAGUAUUGAUCCUGAUUUAGGGAUCAAUCUUAAGAUUGAUGAAUAUCAAGAUUUAAAGAAUAUUAAAGUUAGUUUAUUAUUGGAUACUCCAAUUGGUAUAAUAAGUGAUUUGAAUACUUUAAAGAAAACUACCGCAUCUAAUCGAGACAAUACCAUCUCAUAUAUUGAAUUCAUUAUUCCUAUUUUCCAAUUAAUAGUUACUAUUUUAUUAGCUAUGGGACCAAGUUAUAAACCCAGUAUAUUAGAAUCACGUAAAUUAUUAUCGAGUGUGGAUAGAUUAGUAGUUGGAGUUUUAAAGAGAGAUCUUUUACUUGAGAAUCAAAAUCCUGAGGUUUAUAAGAAUAAAGAUUCUCAAUAUGAAGGAUUGAAAGAAUUGGUUAAGUUAUUCACUUUAUUAGAAUCAUUAGUAAAGUAUAAUGAACUGGGAUAA